AUGGCUUCAGUUGCUUGUUGUCAAUACUUAUCAAUUCUGGGAACGCUCUAUAGCUUCUACCAUCAAUUUAGUACGUAAAUACGAACGAAUAAUUCUAACAAAGAUAAUGGUUGUCUUAUAAAUUGAAGUCAGUUCAGAAAAAUAAAUUACAAGAACAUUCAUCAGUGGACAGUUCGCUCUCCAUUCCGCGCUUUGCUCAUCAGUAUUGAUUGACUAAUUACCUGUAGUUUGUUAUUCAAGUGUAGUCAUUUACAAUCCGUAUCGAUCUUGUUCAUUCCCAGCUAUCCAUGUACCUUCUUGGUAUAUUGUUGCCUCUGUCGUGUUUCUCUAUCUUACCAAACUAAUAUUUUGAAGUCAUUUACAAUCCUUGUCAAUCCUCUCCAUCCUUUGUUGUCCGUUUUCCAAUGAUUGCCUCUUUUGUGUUUUUCUAUCCUACCAAACUAAUAUUUUGUAGUCAUUUACAAUUCGUGGCAGUCUUCCCUUUCCUUAAACCUCCUCUUUCCAUAUUUAUCCAUUUUUUCCAAUGUAACUUCGACUUCCUCUAAUCAUCAACUGAUAUGUCUGUGCCUUCCUUCUCGUUUUCAGCCAAUUUUCUUUUCAUUCAAUCUCUAGGUUUGAAGAUAAUCUAUUGACAAUGAAGAACGUUCUUCUUACAACGUUGGCCGUUUUUUUAAUCACUGUAACACUGGUCGGACAGGUUCAGUGUGUUCUCAGAGCUGGAAGAGACAACAUAAUGAUUCCUAGAAAAGGUGUUCGCGAAGAACUCGAAAUAAUGCAUAACCAAGCGAAGCCGGUUUACGCCAGAAAAUCAGGUUAUAGACGUGCAAGACCUUUGGGAAAUGAAAAUGAAGGUGUGUUGCAUUGGUAGCCGAAUACACUAUUAUUUUUUUUCUCAGUUCGUGAGCGGGCGGUAUUCUACAAAUCCUGCAAUCUGAUCGGUUCCGAGAGCGGGCAGUAUUCUCCCCAUCGGGCCCGCUCAAAGCGGGCGGUUCUUUUCGCAACCAUUUGUUAGGUUUUUCGAAAAAAAAUAAAAAUGUUAUUCACCAGCCAAGGUCGGUCCGUAUUGGGAAAAACUGUGCGGCGGUAUCCAAGACCUCGGGCACAGUUUUUCCCAAUACGGACCUCCCGUCUGGUGAAUAACAUAUAUGUAUUCAUAACCUCAACACUGUAUUCUUCCCAUUUCUGUGUUACUGUUAAGGAGAAUUUGAUUGAUGAUCAGGAACCUUUAUAAUUGGAGAACAUUUCCUCUCUUCUUAUGACGUUUACAUUUGAUUGACGGGCGAUUCUGUGAGCCCGAAAAAAAGAUAAGCCGGUCACUCAUCAGGAUGAAAUGGUUAAGUAACUUUUAUGAUGCCAAAUGGUGAAUAUUUCUUUUCCUUAUAAUUGCCUGAUUUUUUUUAAUCUAAGAUUUUCAAUUGUUCUCUUUCAGAAAUUACGAAUUGACAAAGAUGGAAUGUGCAGCUCGUUGUUCUCGACUCUUAUAGGUAGAAAGCGACAAUUGGAACGAAAAAAUGCCAGCUAUUUUAAACAAACUCAGUUAUAUCCUUUGCGAGGCGUGUUUCAAAAGCAUUAAGCCUUUACUCAUUGUGAUGAUUGCUCUCUCUUUUGUAAAAUUCUGCCAUUAGAUCAUAUAUUCUAAUAAACUUGAAUCACUAUCUUGUUAUUGUUGUGUUCAAUGUGUACAAUGAUUUCAGAUUAUUCUUUAAAGAAAAAUAAGGGGAGCAGGCGUUUUUGUCGAGGUUUGCCAUUCAUUUGCACGAAAGAAAAAGAUUAGUUUUCUUUUCCUCUCUCCCCCCUCUCUCCCCCCUCUCUCCCCUCUCUCCCCCUCUCUCCCCCUCUCUCCCCCCUCCCCCCUCUCUCCCCCUCUCCCCCCCUCUCCCCCCUCUCCCCCCCUCUCUCCCCCCUCUCUCUCCCCCCCUCUCUCCUCUCUCUCUCCCCAGUCUUGAGGAAUAUACUUUUACUCUUUCACCUCUCCUGUCUGCCGAAUUUGUUUUACCGUACGACCACUUUCCCUCUGCAUAGUGAAUCUAGGAUACGAACCUAAACUGAACUAAAACUAAAACACUGACGACUCGCUGUCAUCCUCUAUGCCACGAGAACUUUGUUCGACGAUCAUCGUUUGGACAGCCUCACAGUAAGACACAAUUAUAUGACAUGCGGAAAUAUAAACUGUGACACACCCUUUCCAUGAAAUUUUCACAAAUACUGUUAGGACACUAGAAAAUAUCGAUAAAAACUGCCCUGAUCUACCAUAAAUUGCAAUUUUUAUUCAGAGCUGAAGUGCGUUGUUAAUACAAGUUUAGAGCUUUCUUUGUUGUCAUGCGCAUUAUUUGCUUUCGAUGAGUUACAAAUGAUCAAUUAAUUUCGUUGCCAUUUUUUCUUCCUUUGUACUCCAUCUGUUACAAAAUUAAAAUUAGAAAAGUCUCAGUCAGUAUGAGAAAAUUUGUCCAGUCCGAAAAAUAAUUAUACUUUAUCGAUGGUUUAAUUCUCGAAGCCGAGGUAAGCGAGAGGGUCGAGGAGGGAGUAUAGUGGAUUUCAGUCCCUUUCAAUUUGCUUUUUUUUCUCGGUCAGACUUAGCCAAUAAAUAUUUUAUUAGCGAAUACCUUUAUCAAUAGUUUCUGUUUCAUCUUCAACUGUUCGUGAACCAGUUUCUAUGGUAACAAACUAUUACUUCAUAAUUAAAAUGAGGAGUCAUUUUCAAAGCAAUUAAUGAUUCUUUGACCUUUUUUAGGGUAAAAAUCAGAUGGAAAAUUCCUCGAAAAGCAGUUAA